AACACGGUUUAAUAUACCAUUGCGUAUCGGUCCCUCGACUUUCUUGUGUGUUUACCAUCUCUGGCCGCGAAGGGCAAACGACGAAGCGUCGUUUACGACAACGGUGAUCUUGGAGGAUCGGGGAAUCGAUCAGGAAAAGGAACUUCCGAUUUUAAUUCGUUCACAACCUUUUCGUUCGUCCGUCUGCCCGUCAACGACGACGGGCAGCCACGUCUCGUCCAUCGAACAGAGAGGGUGGUUCUUGCUUUUUUUUCUUGGUGAUCAUCCUCGUUUCAAAUAUUCGAACGAACGGACGCGUCUGUUGGUGACGAUCCACACAGUGUGUAUGAUACGGUCGAGCGUGAUAAACUAAACGCGAGAAACUCCACGAACCCACGUAUUCCUGUCUUUUAACGUCGGUACGUCGUCGCCGGUUAAAAACGUCACGUGUGGUGCCGGACGACGAGAGCAUAUGCGAGAGUAAUCAGAGAGCCGCGUCGCAUCCACGCAAUCGCCUAAGUGGACGGGAAGAACGUUCCGAUCGGAUACAUGUUAGCGGUGCCUCCUCGUCAACGGUGAACAUCGGUAAGACGUGCUGUGUCACUGCGUCCCGACGACAACGCGGAGAGGCUCUUACAAGAUUGUGGCUCCCUGGAGAUCGGCGAGGAACGCCAGCGUCGGGUCGCUAUGAUGGAGUCCCUGUGCCAGGUGAACGGCACCAAGAGCAACGGCGGCAAAGGAGGCAACGAGAAUAACACAAACACCAACAGCACCAACAACAACAACAACAACAGCAGCAGCAGCAGCAACAACAACAACAACAAUCCAGAAUGUCCAGAUCCGCAGCAAAGGUUGGCCGUACUUAGUUUCGAGCAAGUUCGACGAUUGAACGACGUGAUGAACGAGGUGGUGUCUAUUCACGGCCGUGGAAACUUUCCCACCCUGGAGGUUCGAUUACGCGACCUGGUGACCGUGGUUCGUAGCAAACUGGAGACCGAUCCGAGCAACGGAGGCGCCGGUAUGAGGGUGCGCGACAUCAGGUUGAACGGCGGUGCCGCAUCGCACGUUCUCGCGACCGAGUCGCAACCGUACAACGACCUGGACUUGAUCUUCGCCGUGGAAUUGUCGAGCGGGCGAAAUUACGACAAGGUGAAGGCCGCGGUACUCGGCUCUCUGUUCGACCUGUUGCCCGAAGGUGUCAGCCGUAAACGUAUCACUACGUGCAGCUUGAAAGAGGCGUACGUGAGCAAGAUGGUGAAAGUGAACAACGACGGGGACAGGUGGUCACUGAUAUCCCUUGGUAAUUCACGUGGGCACAGGAACGUCGAGUUGAAGUUCGUCGAUUCGAUGAGGCGGCAAUUCGAGUUCUCCGUGGACUCCUUUCAGAUCGUCCUUGACUCGUUGCUGUUGUUCUACGAGUGCAGCAAAUUGCCGAUCGGCGAGAAUUUUUAUCCUACGGUGGUAGGUGAAUCCGUGUACGGUGACUUCCAAGAGGCGUUGUAUCAUCUUCACAAGAAGCUAAUCUCGACGAGGCAUCCGGAAGAGAUACGCGGCGGCGGUCUGCUCAAGUACUGCAAUCUCCUCGUGAAGAUGUACAAACCCUCUCAGCCUGACUACAUAAAGACCCUCGAGCGAUACAUGUGCUCGAGAUUCUUCAUCGACUUCCCGGAUAUCAGCCAGCAACGGGCCAAACUCGAGAACUACCUGUGGAAUCACUUCGUCGGGCCUGAAGAGGAGGCCCUCAAGUACCAGUACCUGAUGCUGCUCCACAGCGUAGUGGAGGAGUCUACCGUGUGCCUGAUGGGCCACGAACGACGACAAACCCUCGCGUUGAUCGAGAACCUCGCCUACCAGGUAUUCUGCCAGGAGCAACAGCAACGGCUUACGAAUCAUCAGCAGGCACCGCCUGGACCACCCGCUACGUACGUUUACGCGAACGGUUAUUAUUACGCUCCAGUGAUACCCACCGCGUGCUACACGUGCACCUGUAACUCGUGGAUGGCAUGCUCGUCGUGAUGCGACAUCGAAGACAACGCCAUCGUCGCCACUA